AUGUUCUCCAGAGCAGCGCCCUGUCGCCGCAGCGCCCUGUCGCCGCAGCGCCCUGUCGCCGCAGCGCCCUGUCGCCGCAGCGCCCUGUCGCCGCAGCGCCCUGUCCUGUCGCCGCAGCGCCCUGUCGCCGCAGCGCCCUGUCGCCGCAGCGCCCUGUCGCCGCAGCGCCCUGUCGCCGCAGGGAACAGCAUUUUUACAAUCCACAGAAAAACAAUAAAAGACAGUUCUGAAGCAGUUCGUUUCCUUCCUCUCGUGGCGUACAUUCAAGCGUCCGACCGUUCAGAGGCCGCCGCCGCCUUCUGCCACAGGACGAGGAUCCUUCUCCGCGUCGGGAAUGAGCACUUUCACUUUCACUUUGAAUAUUUGGGAUGA